AUGGCUUUUCUCAGCAGAACUAGCACCAUGGGCCUUACCGGCAACCAACUGCGAUUGGCCAUCACCAUCACAGCAGUCACCGGGUUUUCGUUAUUUGGUUAUGACCAAGGUUUGAUGUCGGGUCUGAUUACUGGGCAACAGUUUAACGACGAGUUCCCAGCUACCAAGGCCAUAGACGACACCGACCGCAAGGCGACCUUGGUUCAAGGUGCCGUUACUUCGUGUUACGAGCUAGGUUGUUUCUUCGGGUCGUUGUUUGUCAUGUUUCGCGGUGAGGUCAUCGGCCGUAAGCCGCUAGUCAUCUUGGGAGCUUUCGCCACCAUCAUCGGGACAGUUAUUUCGACCUCUGCUUUUGGACCACAUUGGGGUCUCGGGCAAUUUGUAGUCGGCAGAGUUAUUACGGGUGUCGGUACUGGUCUUAACACUUCCACCAUUCCUGUGUGGCAAUCGGAAAUGUCAAAGCCUGAAAAUCGUGGUAUGUUGGUCAAUCUUGAAGGUUCAGUGAUUGCUGUGGGUACCAUGAUUGCCUACUGGAUUGACUUCGGUUUGUCUUAUGUCGACUCCUCAGUUCAGUGGCGUUUCCCUGUGGCCAUGCAAAUCUUCUUUGCACUAUUGCUAUUGGUCGGCAUCUGGGAACUUCCAGACUCUCCUCGUUGGUUGAUGUCUCGUGGCCGCAACCAGGAUGCGCUGGAAGUUUUGGCCAAGUUGGAUGAUUUACCAAUGGACGAUGAUGCCAUUGUGGCCGAAGCCACUCUAAUCAGAGACGCUGUCAACCGUUUCCGUCACGAAAAGCGUUCUAUCAAGGACCUAUUCACCGGUGGUAACUCUCAAAACUUGCAACGUGCUCUAAUUGCUGCUUCCACUCAGUUCUUCCAACAAUUUACUGGUUGCAAUGCUGCCAUUUACUACAGUACUGUUUUGUUUGAAAAAUCGAUUGGCCUAACGGGUAAGUUGCCAUUGAUUCUUGGUGGUGUGUUCGCCACAAUUUACGCCAUGUCCACUGUUCCAUCAUUCUUUUUGGUGGAAAGUCUGGGUAGACGUAAGUUGUUUCUAUUAGGUGCUACUGGUCAAGCCCUCUCAUUCACAAUUACGUUCGCAUGUCUUGUCAACCCUACCACUCAAAACGCCAAGGGUGCCGCUGUUGGUUUGUUCUUGUUUAUUAUUUUCUUUGGUAUGGCCCUACUGUCUCUUCCAUGGAUUUACCCUCCAGAAAUUUCCUCGAUGCGCGUUCGUUCGGCUACCAAUGCUUUCUCUACUUGCACCAACUGGCUUUGUAACUUCGCUGUGGUCAUGUUCACUCCAAUCUUCAUUGAUGACGCCGGUUACGGAUGUUAUUUGUUCUUUGCCGCUAUGAACUACUUGUACAUUCCUAUCAUUUUCUUCUUCUACCCAGAAACUGCUGGUAGAUCUUUGGAAGAAAUCGAUAUCAUUUUUGCCAAGGCCCACAUCGAUGGCACCCAACCAUGGAGAGUCGCUGCCAACUUGCCAAAACUCUCUUUGACUGAAGUUGAGGACCAAGCCAAUGCUAUGGGUCUAUACGACGACGAUUUGGAAAAGAGAGACUUGGAUUUGGAUGAAAAUGCCGACGAGCAAGAUCAAUUGAGAAACCGCAAUGACGGUGUUGCCGGUUACAAUCUGUUUGAGAAGAGAGGCGAGGAAGAGGUCCAAGACCCCAACCAGGAGCCACAUUCACAGGGCCCUGCUGAUGGUUCUUCUACUUCUCAAAAGUCAACUUGA